UUAAGAGUGCCUGUGCGUCUUCAGUCGCGCCGGUAGAUUCCAACGUCACCAGACCAGGUUCAGCUUAUCAUUUUCAUCUUAAUGAUAUGUCGUUCCAGACCCUUGAGUAGUCCGCAUGAAAUCACUAUGAUUACGAUAGACAUCUGAUUAAAUUAGUGUACGUUCGCUACAACCAUUCCCUAAGGACUGGACAAACAUCCUUUGUGGAGAAGAUCUAGAGAAACAGCGUCUGCAAGGGCGUCGUAUACAUAAAAGAAGCGUGGGUACAGCAAAGUUCUGUUAUUAUAACUGCGUUAGGCAAAAAGGGUCAACAGGAAUCGUGGUUUAUUUACCUAGAAAUGUGUUUUUGUUUGAGAUGCGCUAACUGCUUGCAAACAAAUAACUCACUAAAUAAAUAAUGCGUAACUCUCCGUGUCACCAUACUAUGCCUCUCGGUAUCGAUGCUGCCAUAAAGCGAUCGUAGCUCUUUCAGCUUAAUUGUAUGAUCCCUUUAGUCAUUGUUAGAUUACCUGGCUCUAGAAGCGACUAAGGCUCCUUCACAACAUUAAGUUAUCAUAUUUGAGUCCGCUUAAUUUGAAUAAAAUUGUCGAAUUUUCUAUGCUCAUUAUAAACGGGCGAAUUCCCUAUUAUCAAGAUGUUUCUUCGCGAGCUAUAAAAGAUGUCUACAGAAGUACAUACAAGAAUAGAAUGUCUUUAAUGCAUUAAUCCGAUUAAUAAAUUUACUUGAGUCCCUAAAUAUGGGCCGUGGAUGUGCCAGGAGACAUCUCCUUGGGCACGCUCGAGGAAACACGUGAAUUAAAUGGUAAGAAUUUUGGAUACAUAGUCAUGUACGACACGUGUAUAGUCGCAACGGAAAGAUCUUAGGUGGCUAGUACAGCAUUUGCUCCCAAUGUGUACAAUUGCAGUUUCCCACGCAUUGUGUUGUAAUUGAUUUAACAAAUGUUAAUAAUAUAACUUAGUCUACCUGAAAAACGUAUCCCUUGGCAUCUGCCGGGAUCUGGGGGUAACUUAAUUAUCUUGUUAUAGGUAGGACACGCCAAGGAAUGUCGUCUCUGCUAGCACGUACUGCGGCGAAUAGGUGUGACCAGAGCCUGCGUUCAAGCAAAAUGGUGUAGAAAUAAGUCAAGUUUUUAUUUUUUCAGGCCUAUACAAAGGAAAAUAGCCCAAUUAGUUUUACCUACUAAAUUGGUCGUACUUUAUUUCAUUUUCAAAGUUCACCCCGCUAUGAAUGAAACUUAUUCAACGAUGUACAAUAGGAGUAUAUAUGGUUCAGUAUGCUAUGACCAGUCUUUACAGAGGAAUUAUAUGCUGAAGAUGUCAUACGGAUACCGUUAAUAGGAACCUAGAUCUGUCAAAAUGUUUUGAUUGUAUCAUUGAUUCUAUGUUAACAACGUACAAAAUUCAGUUUGAUGCUAAAGCACACUAGAGGUCCUUUUUUGUAGGGUUUAUAGACAGAAAAUCAAUGUUGCCCUAGAUUUGGGGAUCAACAAAGAGCAACAAAGAGUAAAUUCAACAGUGUUUAGCAAAAUAAAACGUUAGUAAGGUAAAUUAAAAAUGAAUCAUAGAUAAAUGUUAUAUCUUCAGAAAUGAAAACACAGCACGUAUAUUGAGACUUGAAACACAUCAAAUUGUUAUAUUAUGAAAUCACGAAAGCCAGUAGAAGUUCGAUUCUUCGAAAAUAGGAUUAUUGAAAUCGAUUAAAUAACACGAUCUAGACGUUUACUUCAUAGAAUUUUGUUGGCUAUGCAAUGGAUACAACUAACCCGAAGGAGAGUAGUUCGCAGCCAUUAUUAUAACGGCAGAUUUUGUGCUUGUUUACAUUUUGUUUUCACAUAUCAGAGUAACAAACCAAAACGGUCGAAGAGGCAAAGUGUGAUCUCUUCAAAAUCCGGCCGAAUCAUGAGCUUGCUGCUCAUAGUUGGUGUGGCUGCUUUUGCCAGUUUUAUGUACAAUGUGCCAAUAAUGCAAAAGGUUGAAAUUAAAUCACUUCAGGAAUCGCUCAACAGAAACGUUUACUGCCAACAACAUGCCGUUGACGAACUGAUGCGUCAUAUCCGCCAAUACACGGCCAUGGAGUGGAAGGGCCUCGUACUUCUGGUUCUAGCCGGACCCGAAGGAUGCGGUAAAACCCACACGAUAAACACAAUGGCUGAAGUGAACCCCAGUUGGACGAAGAUCGUAGUUACUCAUGAGCAGGGAUAUCUGAACAAACUGGGUGAGGAGGAGUUCAUAUCAAAUAUUCGCAGAAAAAUCCAUUCCUCAAGACUGAACUUCAUUUUUGUCGAUGACGCUCAGCCGCUCCGGGAGGGCACGCCGUUUGUCGAAAUGAAGCUUAAACCCCUUUUAGCGAGCCUUAAGUUGGAGAAUACUCUUAUUUUUGUCGUGGUAACAAUGCUAUCAAAGGACGAUAAAGUGAGUAUGCCAACAUUUUUGACGGAUGAAUUUGAAUGCCGAAUAAUUCCCUAUGAAGGACUAAAUCGAACCUGUGUGGAGCGCUGUGUUCUAGAUGUCAUAAUGGCGUUAGAUCAUCACCCCCACCAAGACGAUUUCGAGGGUUUAAUGAGAAGAUUCGAUUUCGAGGAUAACGGCAGGGAUCAAAAGGUAUCCGUCAACGGCUGUAAAUCGGUGCCUAUUAAAGUUGCCCUUUAUCUCGAAGGUGAUCCUCCGAUCUACAACGAUUCAGAAGGCGACCGGACACUGUCAUAGAAUAACUAGUUAAAGCAAGAAACCCAGAUACGUCUACCCAAAGCCGCUAAGGCCUUACGCAGCCGUACUUGGGUUGCUUAAACACUUGACUGAAAUUAACUCAAAAUAGGUUGAAGUUUUCUUCUUUGAUUAUGUGAAAAAAGGCAGACAGGAUCAAAGUUUAUUGCAACGUUUAUUGAUCUGUCUCAAUAGGUGACAAUAUGUAUAACUUUGUAUCUACUAUCUGCUGUAACACCGUAUGCAACCCGUUUUAGCUUACUUCAGCGCAUAGAAAUAUAAAUAUCCUUAAUAUUUUUCUACCAUCCAUAUUAUGUUGUAAAUGAAGGUUCCAUUGUAGACAUAAGAAGGUUGUAGAUGUAUGUUUUCAGAAGAUAGACGCCCUGUACAUAUUGGAGCCUUAGGCCGAGCAACUGUGACUCUCAUUCUUUCACAUGCAUUAGUUCUUCAAUGCCCAUUUAGGGCUGCAAGCAAAA